GCAAUUUUUUUCCUUUACUCCAAUCAAAAUGAAACUCAACACAAUGAAACUACCCAUGAAAUGUAACAUUUUUUGCAUUACAAGUUUCUUUGAGAAUGAAUUUUAAUAUGCAAAUAUGCUAUACACUAGUCGAAUAUGCCCAAAAUACACCCAAAUAGGCUUAAUUUAUUCCUUUACUCCUACCACGAUAAAACUUUACAUGGUAAAAGCAUACAAGAAGAGCAACUUUUUUUGUAUUACAAGUUUAAAUACCCGGUCAGAGAGAUCCCGUCAGAGUAACCAGCAAGUCUCCAUCAACACCGGAAAAAUCACUAGAUUUGUCACUUUUGACAAUAAAAGUCACCAGGAGGGUUUGGAAUGUCGCCAGAUAUAGCGAAAAAGUCGCUAACUUGGAAACACUGCUCUCCAGUUACUUCCAGUACGUGACUCGUCAUUCAUAUACUGAUACUUAAUUGGACAGCUACUCUCCCAGUAACCCAAUCGGAACAUUCUAAGUUACCAACGCCUUUCUAACUAGAUAUUUUAUGGUAAACACAUUUUGCUUAAGGCCGAAACUACUUUUCUUCUUGAAGAAGCAUCUCCUAGCCUACUGAAACUAACUAACAUUAGCUUGCUACCACUAGCAAAUUCUAUUGGGCUUAAUUUCAUUGUUAGACAACACUGUUUUCCUUUUUGUUUAUGCAGUGUGUAAUGUAUGUAAACAGGGAGAAAUGGAGAAGUGUAAAAUAUGUAAUGAGUCAUUCAUUGAUGAAAACACAUUGGUUGUUCUACGAGCAAAAGGCAGCAAUGGUGUGAACUGUGCCAGUGCUCAACGUGGAAGUAGAUUAGUGACAAUUCCUGGAGACAGAGUACACACUCAAUGCCAGCAUGUGCAAACAUCAACAAUGCUAUGCAGGCCUUCACAGGUGUCUCAUAUGAAACCAGCGACCAACAUAAAGACCUGUCCAAGGCCAGGCAGACUAGAGAUGUCAGUGACACUCUUGCCCUGGUCACAUAUCUCAAAGAGAAAGACCCGUUCACUGAGAACCCUUCACUGCACAACAUUGCUAAUGGUAUGACAGGCCAGCAGGGAGUCAAUGUUGAGAAAUCAAGGGAAAUUGGGUGCAAGAUUUUGGAGUCUAUGGUAGGGAAACCAGUAGAGGAAUUCACCUUCAGGAAAGCUGACCAAGCAGUGACACUUGCAUCUAGAUCAACUGUCAAGAUCAAAGGAGAGACAGUGGUAGUGGAUCCACGGCUGUUAUUCCAGCGGCUUGUAGCAGUGAGAGACCGUUGUGAAGAUUUGCCAUCACUGUUUAAGUAUGAACUCUGCAGUCACCCGCCUGCUUUGUUUGAAUCAUCCUACCUUCCCCUACAGGCAAACAAGGCAAUUCUUGCCGAUGUCCUCUGGAAAUCUAUUGAGCAGCAGCAAAGACAACCCAGCAGUGAUGUCCAGCAUGUCCUUGAUGGGGGUGCAUUACUACAUCGUCUACCAUGGCCACAAGGGUCCACUUAUGACAGUGUGUGUGAAAUGUACGUCAGAUAUGUCACACAGAAAUAUGGUACGGCUACUGUCAUAGUCUUUGAUGGCUACAAAGAAGAACCAACAAUAAAAGACGCCACUCAACUGCGUCAAACAGGUGUUACUCCCGGUUUGUCUGUACACUUCUCUGUUGACAUGAUCAUCCAAUCCAAAAAGGACCAGUUCCUUAACAAUAAGGAAAACAAACAAAGGUUCUUGGUUUAUCUGAUAAACUUGAGAGGGCUGGGUGUAUCACAUACCAUGCAAAGCAGGAUGUAGAUGUGCUCAUUGUCCAAACUGCCAUUGCCUCUGCCAGAACAAAAGACACAGUCUUAGUUGGUGAUGACACAGACUUGUAAAUACUCUUGUUGCAUCAUGCUGAUCUGAAUGCACAGGAGCUGUUUCUGGCACCAGAACCAAAGAAAGCAACAAAAACAAGACGGAUAUGGUGCAUAAAAGAGACUAAGGAGUUACUUGGUCCCAAAGUGUGUGACAAUCUCCUCUUUAUCCAUGCCAUUUUAGGCUGUGAUUCUACGUCUCGUCUAUUUGGCAUAGGAAAGGGAAUGGCACUGAAAAAAGUGAAGAAUGACACUAGCUUUCUUGAACAAGCUAAGGUGUUCAGCCAGUCACAGGAAAAUGUGGGAAAAGGCAUCAUCAUUGCAGCAGGUGAAAAAGCUCUAGUAUCACUGUAUGGAGGCAAAACAGAUUAAUCACUGGAUAUGCUGAGAUACAGGAGAUUCUGUGAUAAAGUAACUCAGAACUCAUCUCCAGUGGAACCUCAAACUCUCUCUCAAACGUCAACAGCUGCAAAGUUCCAUAGUCUUCGGGUCUUUUUCCAAAUGAUGGAGUGGAAAGGGGCAAGCGAACGUAUGGACCCAAAGGACUGGGGGUGGCAUGUUUUGGAUGGGAGAUUUAUGCCAAUAAUGACCGAUCAGCCUGCGCCACCACCAGAUAUACUAGAUGUAGUCCGCUGUAGUUGCAAGAAAGACUGUAGCACAAAGAGAUGCACAUGCAAAAAACAUGGACUCCCUUGCACUGCCAUUUGCGGAGAAUGUCGUGGUACUAGCUGCACAAACUCACAGUUGCCUGAUUUAUUAGAUGAAUAUGACCCAGAGGGGAAGAACUAAGCAAAUAACAAACCAGGAACUGAUAUAGGGGGUGCCAGAACCAAGAGCCACAGAGAAGGGGUUGAGGAUCCAGACUGGAUUAAAAAAAAACUUAAAAAUAAAUAACAAAAAAAACCACCAAAAAAAGUCUUCCCCUGUUGUUGCUACCUUGUCGUGGUGGGGAGGCUUGUGUGCCUCCGUGACCCUGAAGACUUUAUUGGCGGGGGUUAUACCUCUGGCAGGUAAUACCAAGCCAGGCAGUUUUCAGGUUAGAGGCCAGUCUAAAAGCAGCAUAGCCAUCACCCAUUGGCAGUAGGAUGAUUGGUUGGAGAUUGGGCCAAUGUAUUGGUCAUACAUAUGAAUGGUGUUUCUGCCUAUGCAAAUAAGGACAUAUUCAAUAAGCUCAUGUGCAUAUUCAAAUACAUUUCAAAAGAAACUUGUAAUUCAAAAAAGGUUAUGUUUCAUGUAUACUUUUACCAUGUAAAGUUUUAUUGUGGUAGGAGUAAAGGAAAAAAAUUAAGCCUAUUUGGGUGUAUUCGACUAGUAUAUAGCUCAUUAGCAUAUUAAAAUUCAUUUUCAAAGAAACUUGUAAUACAUAAAAAUUAACAUUUCAUGGGUAGUUUCAUUGUGUUAAG